AUGUCAGUCCUUUCAUUCACACAGCUUCACCCUAUUACCCUCCACUCCCAUGCGCACUUUAGCCCCUCCCCUUUUCCCAUGUCCAUCCUACGCCGCCUCAAUCUAAACCUCCCCAACCACCGUCUCCGUCGCCGAUUCGCAACUAUAUCCGCCGCCGUACGUCAGGACACCACAGUCUGGACCCCAGCACCUCUCUCCCAGAUUGAACCAGCCGCUGAGUCGCUAUUCCACGUGACCAUCGACGUGUCCGACGCGCCGGAUCUUGCCACGUCGCACACACGCGCUGGGCAGUAUCUUCAGCUUAAAGUUGCGAACUCGCCGAAACCGUCGUUUCUGGCGAUUGCGUCGGCGCCGAAGCUCGCGAUUUCGCGUGGAGUGUUUGAGUUUUUGGUGAAGAGUGUGGCGGGGUCCACUGCAGAAGCGUUGUGUGCGUUGAAGAAAGGGGAUGUGGUUGAAAUCACUCAGGCUAUGGGGAAUGGGUUUGAUAUUAGCCGGAUUGACCCGCCCGAGAAAUUUGGAACCGUUCUUGUCUUCGCCACUGGAUCCGGAAUUAGUCCAAUUCGGUCACUUAUCGAGUCAGGAUUUGGUGCUAACAAGAGGUCUGAUGUGAGAGUAUAUUAUGGGGCCAGAAACCUUCAGAGAAUGGCUUAUCAGGAUAGAUUUAAAGCCUGGGAAUCUUCCGGUGUCAAGAUUGUGCCUGUAUUGUCUCAACCAGAUAAUACAUGGACCGGAGAAAGUGGCUUUGUACAGGCCGCAUUUAAAAGAGCAAAAGAAAUAUCUAGCCCAUUGUCAACGGGUGCUAUACUGUGUGGACAAAAAGAGAUGGCUGAGGAAGUUACAUCUAUUCUUGUUGCUGAUGGAGUAUCAGCUGAGAAGAUACUGAAGAAUUUCUGA